AUGAUGCGCAACAAGGCCUCGUCUUCUAUGCAGAAGACCUACGAUGAAUGUUAUCUAGUCUGUUCAACAGCUGUCUACUUUGAAGGCCAGAACAACGAAGCAGAGGCGCUGCGGUCAUGGCGUUCUGCACUCGAUCAGAUCUACUACCACAAUGCUUACAGGGUCCCGCCAAACUACCAGCCAAAGUCGGAGACCGAGAGAGCGUUACAAGAAUCACUCCGGAAUAUGGAGCUGCAAUGCAAGGAACGCGUAGACCUUCUUGAAGCGCUGCGAAAGAGUCGGAAGGAGGCCAAAGACAAUGGUGACAGGUCCAGCAGCAGCUCGACAACGCUAGGCCGGCCACCGGUGCCUACCAAGCCUGAUCAUCCUGUGGGCCAUCAGGCAAAUACAGGCUGGCUUGGAGAGGGUACUGUGCCUGCAGUAAAUUAUCCGGACCUUUCGAAAGCUCCACCAGCUCUUCCCCGACGUCCUCUUCUAUCAGCGAGAGAUUCCAACUACUCUCCAACAGAUCGGUCUUACAGUAGUCCUCAGGUCAGCACAAUGAGUUCUACGACACCCUAUACACCACCUACGCUGCCAGUACCCCCCACGAAAACACCAAGAACACCUAGUCCGGAUAAGAAAGGCCAUGUCAUGUUGACUACUCUACGAGGACUUAAGGACGGCAAGAAACAAUCAAAAUCACCUAGAGCUUCGGGUGGUCGUUUUGGCGCCCCUCCCGUGUCAUCAAAGGCUGCAGGCCUUGCUUGGGACUCAAUAUCGAAAGGUUCCGGACAGAAGCUGGGACAGACUUUGGCCGGCAGGAACGGCAGUACGAAUACGGUGGACUCCGUCCAUCGCGACAGCGUAGGGGGUAAUACUUCGUCCAGACCAGACUCUACAAAUGUUACAGAUGGAGAAGAGCAAGCAUUAGGGGGCAACGCACUGGUGCGACCAGAUGCACGUACGCCACCGGACUUAAUUCCAUUGCAAGAUGAUGCUCGACCUAGUACUUCCUCCACACUACAGUCGAUAUCCAGCCAGCAGAACGCAAAUGGAUCUUCAAGCUUGCGUCCGCAAACUAGUGCAGAUCUCAUGACCCUUGAGCCACCAACGCCCCCGCUGCACGCUGACACAUUGCGGGAUCCCAUGGUGACAAAGGUCAGAGCAAAAUCACCAGCGCGGCCAAAAGCUCCAGUCGAUUAUCCUUCUUACAGAACCGAGUUUCCGCAAACCACGGCUAGCUCACGAGCGACAGCGCAAUUCCUUGCAAGGACUAAUCGUUCGGACGACAGCGCCAGGGCAUCCAGUCUACCAAUGCGGCAACGAUCUCCUCAAAGGAAAACCCGGCCUCCAGUCCCAACUAGCAUUGCUCGGCGUCCUGUAGCAAACAUCUCCUCGCCCCGAUCAAAUAAGCAUGAAACAGAUGAGUCAGGCAGGCGAGUAUCCUCCGAAAGCAAUGACGACAAUACCAGCAGCAGCUACGAGAAAGAGGAAAAGAAGAGACGACCUCCUCGCAAAGCUCGCGAAAAUCCCAUUCCAGUUGACCCAGCACUUGAAUCGACUAAACCCGACAAAGAUCCGUCUGAUACUACCCAGCCUUCAUCGGCUUGGCACGAGCGUGUCAAGUACAUCAAGAAGAACCUGCCCAAAGGAGUUGACGAGGGCGCAGCUAAGCAGAUAUUCAACGAGAUCGUGGUCCAGGGAGACGAAGUUCACUGGGCUGAUGUAGCUGGUCUAGAAGUUGCAAAGAAGGCUCUGAAAGAAGCAGUCGUUUACCCUUUUCUGCGCCCAGAUCUCUUCAUGGGUCUCCGUGAACCAGCUAGAGGAAUGUUACUCUUCGGACCUCCUGGAACCGGAAAGACGAUGCUUGCUAGAGCCGUAGCCACUGAGUCAAGAUCGACGUUCUUUGCCAUCUCGGCCAGUAGUCUCACUUCAAAAUGGUUAGGCGAGUCAGAAAAGUUGGUCCGGGCACUUUUCUCUCUCGCAAAAGCACUCGCACCUUCAAUCAUCUUUGUUGAUGAGAUAGAUUCACUUUUAUCGUCUCGAGGGGGCUCAAGCGAACAUGAGUCUACAAGGCGCAUCAAGACAGAGUUCUUGAUCCAAUGGUCAGAUUUACAGCGUGCGGCAGCAGGCAGCAAACAAACAGACAAGGAGAAGGCCGAGGGCGAUGCGUCUAGGGUCCUGGUCCUUGCCGCCACGAAUAUGCCUUGGGCGAUUGACGAAGCUGCUAGAAGAAGAUUUGUGAGGAGGCAAUACAUACCCUUGCCAGAGGCACCCGUCAGAGGAGAGCAGCUAAAGACGCUUCUGGGGCAUCAGAAGCAUAAUCUCUCCAAGAAGGAUAUUGAGGUUUUGGUAGAGCUGACAGAUGGUUUCUCUGGCAGCGAUAUCACGGCUUUAGCGAAAGAUGCAGCAAUGGGUCCGCUUCGGAGCUUAGGCGAAGCGCUACUAUACAUGUCGACGGAUGAAAUACGGCCCAUCCAAUUUGAGGACUUCGAGGCGAGUUUGAUAAACAUUCGGCCGAGUGUCAGCAAGCAGGGCUUACAAGAAUUCGAAGAUUGGGCCAAGGAAUUUGGGGAAAGGGGCGGGUGA